AUGGACAGGAUUUUUAGUCCGCAGGGGAGCCUGGAAGAUUCUGUCACUGAGCGAUGGCACCGUGGGCUGUCCCUUGGCACCCUAGCCUUUCAGGAGCAUCUGCACGCUGCCAUGGACCAGUGUUUUCUGCCGGUGCUCGGCCCCGUAGCCACCGUCUUGGUCACGACUACAGCUGUGUCAAAAGGUGGUAACAAUGGUGUCCCCAAGUGCCGUAUAUCCAAGGCCAAAAUCGUUGAUUGGCAAAGGAUCACCAGCAAGCUAAGUCCAGAGCUAUUGUCUGCACGCUGUGUUGGGAAAGACCGGUCGCAGAAGAAUACGUUGUGGUCUAGCGCCAAGAUCCAUGGCUUAGCGAUGGUCCCGCUCGGGAAGGAGAAAGGUUUGCAUGGGACAAGACUCUCUUCAUCUUCUCUGGGUCGGACUCCCUCCCAGAAGCCCAACGCUGGAGCCGAGCGAUUUGGUUCUUCUCGUUGGAAGAAGUGCAGGGCACCAACAAUACUGAAGGGAAUGUGA